AUGGUAUCCCCGUCGAUGCUCCGGCAAGUGUACUCGAUCUUCUUCCGCAGGACCUCCACCUUCGUGCUCACCAGCGCCGUGGGCGUCUUGUUCUUCGAGCGCGCCUUCGACCAGGGCGGUGACGCCAUCUACGAAAGCAUCAACCAAGGGAAGCUGUGGAAGCCCAUUAAGCACAAGUAUGAGGAGGAAUAG